CCGAACCAUUGCAUCGCUUACCCGCUAAUGGUGCGAAUGCUGUGACAGCCCAGCAAUCUGCCGGACAGACGGAUCGCAAGCGACGUGUAUCGGGUCUGUUGGUGGUGACACUUUUACAGCUCGUUAAGCUAUACAUUGAGAACGCCUGUUAUCGCGCUGGUAGGAAGAAAGAGUGUUGGCGCGACGGUACGGUGUCGUGCUAAACGUUGUCGUACUGAUAAGGUGUAAAAACUAUUCCCCGAGCAUGCCUUACAUACUGCCGCCCUUUACCUUACGGUACUGUAUGCUGUGGAAUGUGUACGCUCGGCCAGUGUGCCGCGCUGACAAGAGUUGUGCGCCAGUGCAGGUGCCAGUGUGAAAUCGAUGCCAGGAAAAUAAAGUAUUCCGAGGCAAAAGAUAUUGGUUAUCAAACGAAGACGUAAAGUGCAAGUAUCCAGCAAUCUUUUUCGGUCUGAAAGAGCUCAUUGUGUGCUUGUGUUGGUGCUCGAAAGUACACAGUUUGUGUAUGCCAAUUGUACUGUUUACUCCUUCGUGGCGGUGUAAAACAAACAAAGCGCUAAAAUACGUAUGGUUGAGUGAGACGACAACUCUCUAUCGCAAUGCAAUGGAGAUAGCCAAGGGAUAAGGGCGUCCGGUGUGUCAAAGAGCUGGUUAUAUCAGCAGCAAGAAGAAGUCCCCCCAAAAAGUGUACACGAAAACAUAAGUGGUUGCGUAUGUGUGAGUGUGUAGAUGACGACCUGACAAAGACUCUCAAGGUAUCUACAACGCGUUGAUGGCAAGAAACAUUCUUCGUGUUACGCCACCCCUUUGCCGACAGCUUCUAGUUCCUUCUCCUGAACUGACCGUUGCAUCUAACAAGAGCUAGAUAAUGGCUACACAACACUGUGUGUAGAAAAGGUUGACUAGUCCACGGUUUUUAAUUGCUGCAAAGAAAAAGUGUUGCUGUUUGGUUGUGAUCGAAUGGGAUGGAACUAACCGUGCCUUGCACUUGGGAAGCGUGAAAUACUUUUAUAACUCUUUGCUAAAGAAUAUACGUUGGGGUAGGUUUUAAGGGUCAGCAGCAAAGGAAUCAGAGCAUGUUAAAGAUGAUGAAUCGCGCGAAAAAAAAUAAUCAUCAAAGCAGCCAGCGCAGCAAGGACGCCAAGGCGGCCCGAAACGGAGUGGGCGCAGGUGCGAACGUGGGUCCGGCAAAACCAUCUCUGGCGCAAAUGGGACCGCAGCCAGCGGCAAGCGUUCCAGGUCAACCGACGGCCCCCAGUGCCAGUGUCAGUGGAGGUGGACGUACGAAAAAAGUGAAACAAACGUCCGCGAACAAAACUGCUGCUGCUUCUGUUGGUGGGACGGCACGGCGAGCACGUGCCACAGCAAAGGAAACGAUGCCGUCGAAGGCUAACGAAUCAACUCGGUCCGAGUCUAACGCCGACAAUGGCGUUGGAGGCCUGGCCUCGGUGUCGGAGCAGCCGGUCGGACCCAAAAUGGAACGAUCGAAUAGUUUCUUCCUGACGCGAAAGCUCUCAAGCCUGUAUAGCAAGCUGAGCGGAAGCCGCGAAAACGUGUCCACCACCAACGCGGUCUCGCCCGUAACCGAGGCGUUGCCGUUUCAAUUUGUGCGCAGUCGCAGCAUGUCUUCGAUACAGUUGAAGCGGGCGUACCGGCGCAGCCAGAAUGAGUCCACUUUGCAGAAUCUGCACGAGGAUGCGAUUUUGGAGCGAUCGGAAAGCACAGAAGAAACGGCAGCAGUUGCGGGGCCGGAAGUGGCUACAGCCGUACCGGAAGUAACACCACCACCGAUACCUCGGUUCGAGCGAUCCAACAGCAUUCUUGCUUCGAUAAGACGCAAAAUUAGCUUCCGCUCAGAUAGACGCUCUUCGAAUGUAUCCAACUGGAGUGCAUCGUUGCAAAAUCUACGCCAAGAAGACUUUAUGAUCAGCUACGAUGAUCUAAGCUUUAUAGAUUACGAUCAGUUCAAUAGUUACGAAACAAAUAUUUUGAAAAGGCGGUCUAGCCGUGUACUGGAGCCUGGCACCAAAGGAUCAUUCAUGGAGGAUAUAUCUAGCUUAACAAAUUGUGCUAAGAGCGUGCCGACCUCGGAGCAUUUAGAAACAGUCCCAGUUACUGAAGCUACCAACGGUGGUGUCGUUAGGCGAAGAAGGAAAAAUGACACUCUACUACGGACGACACUUAUUCGGAAAAGUAUGGAUGUGGAGGGUAACCUCGAUCGUGAUAAGAACGUUUACCGCAAUAGUCUGGAUGCGGAUAAGCUGAUGUGUAUUAGUAACGUGAAUCGAAAAUCGUUUCGUUGGAGUGCGGACGUUGAACGAGAUGUUGUAGCGCUUGAUCUGGAGAGUGCAGAUUUUGCAGAUGCCAAACCUCUAGCAAAAUUGGUUACCGGUAGACAAACGCCGCCCCCUCCAUAUGAUGUGUGUGACAGUGGUAUGAUCGACGGAAGUGAAAGUGUCAAAUUGAGUGCGAUAUGCGAUAGUGCGGGUAACACCAGAAGUAGUGUCGGCUAUGUCAGUCGUAGUGAAAGUUUGAAACGAUGCCGAUCAUAUGGUGGUGAGGGAGGCUUUGCUUUCGAGGAAGGAUUUGAUCGUCCUGCUAAACAGAUAGAGAUGAAAUCUUUGAGCCUUACCCACCUGGAUGAAAUCGAGCGUCAGGCAACGGCUCCAACAAUUAUAACAAACGAUCCUCACGUAAGGAAGAGUGAUAAUUCCGAUACGUCUAACACUUCGAUUGCAUCCGCGAGUGGAUCAGCUGGGUAUGGCGGCAACACCGUGUCGGGUGGAUCAUCCACUCACGCCGUAUCCCCGAAAGACGUUUGUCUAACAGUCACCUCGGGCAGUGCGUUGAUCGACAUCAGCAACAGUGAUGGAGGAUGCAUUAAUCCUGCCUACGACAAUGGGGAGGGGUCCCAACGUCGCCAGGCGGGGAAUAGUUUCACAGUCAGCGAGGUAGACGCUAGAAUCGUUCAAAAACAAAACAGCACAGAAAAAGUUCACGAAUGUCAGAGUUCUGGAACGUGCUGCAUGCUUUCGUCACCUUCCUGCGUAAAGGCUGCGCUGGGCUAUUCGACUAAACUAGGCGGAACCAGCUCAACAUCUUCGCUCAAAAAGAAAUCCUCCUCCUUUCUGCAUCGGGAACGCAAGAAGCCGGUUCUCACUCGCAGCCAAGUUUCAAGUUCCGAGUAUUUCUCUGUUUGCUUUGAGAGCGACCAAAACGAUCCAGGAGUGCUAAUACCGGCUACGAAAGGAGUACGACUUGCGGAAUGUUUACGUGCCUCACUUUCUAGACGGAGCUUGAGUUUUUCCCAAAUUUAUGUGACCGAUAAUGGAUUUAAUAAUCCGCACGAAACAGGCUUACGGUACACAGAACCACUCGAUGCCAACAUGGACAUCUCGGCUUUGGCAGGUCGUACGCUAAUUGUAUCAGAACGUGAUGGAGCGCCUAAUCGGAGGACUGGCGGGCAUCUAACACUGCAAAAGGCAGCUUCAGUGGGCAAUCAACCGUCAAUAAUGUCGUCGAACAGUAAACUCUUUACAUCCACCUCCACCGAUGACAACUAUGACCAAAGCCCUAAAGCAUCGUCAGCUUCCGGAAAGCAAUCGAAACAAAAAUGGACAAUACCAUUCGGAUCGAAGGGACCACAAAAAUCAAAGCUUUGCGAACUGCUGGACAGCUAUAACAAAGAAAUUCCUAAAUCGACGUCUUCCUCCAGCAAUUUCAAUAACCCCGAGUAUGUAGACGCUUUAGUUGGCCUUAGAAACUUACCUCAAUGUUGGACGGAUAUCGUCAAUUGCGCUGGGAUGAGUGAGGCGGAAACAAAAAUUCAAUCCGCCAUCUGGGAGCUGGUGACGACCGAAGUAUACUACAUUCUUGCCCUGCAAACGGUAACAGAUCUAUUUCUCGCUUGUUUAGAAGACAUUCAAUCGCAAAACAUUCUUACUGAUGUGGAUCAAAACAAACUAUUCUCGAACAUACGAGACAUCUGGGAGGCUAACCUACGCUUCUGGACACUGUACCUUCACCCAAUGGUAAAACACAGUCAGCGAACAAAAGACCCAAUGAGCAUAUAUUACUUCCAAAGGGGCUUUGUCGAUUUCGCAACCAUCUUCACGCCCUACACCAAGUACUGUGCUGAGCAGAGCACCUGCCAAUUCUAUUGCAAAGAGAUGUACCACAAUAAUGCGCUAUUCAUGACCUACUGUGCCUGGUGCGAAUCGCAGAAGAUGUGCAAUAGGUUGCGACUAGCCGACAUUCUGGUACGUCCAAUGCAACGACUAACCAAGUACGGACUGUUGCUGGCGGCUAUCAAGAAACAUAUCAACGAUGAAGCAGAAGGCGAAGCAAUUGAUGCAAUGAUACAUUCUGUAGAAGAGUUCGUCGCGGGAGUAAAUUCUCAUCUAACAACACGACAGGAAAGCGAACGUUUAAAAGGAAUAAAUGCCAGGAUUGACUGUUACGAGGUAGUCGAUUCAAACAACGAAACUCUGGAUCGUUUGGUUAAACAGCACAGUAUCAUGUUCGACCUGUGUCAGCCGAUGCGUGGCAUCGACCAUGGGCGAAAGGUGUUUGUGGAAGGUGACUUGAAAUACAAAGAUGGUACUGGAAAGAUGGAUGUUCAUUGCUUCCUCUUUACAGACUUUUUGCUAGUUUGUAAAAAAAAUAAGAACGAUAAACUAAAGAUCGUACGACAACCAUACAUGACGGACCGUUUGAUGGUGCAGCUCAAAGAUCAAGCGAUUUACUGUUGCUAUGUGAAUGAACUAAACAUGGUCGUAGCUGCAUUCACGUUGCAAAGCGCCAAAGCUCAGCAUUGGUACGAUUCAAUAACAAAAGUAAAACAUAUCUACAAUCGUAUGAAACAAGGGACGUUCGGUGACGUGAGACAGUAUGGGAACAUUAUCAACAUCAGCAACAGCUGCAACAACUCUACCAGCAAUAGCAACAUGAACAUCAACAAUGAUAAUAUAAGCAUUAAGAAGUCGCCUCUCAACAGCUCAAUCGGCAGCCGUGUGAGCAGUUUGAACAAUAGCCAUAGCGGAUCAGUCGAUCUGAACGAAUCGAAGCAGGUAUCGAUUGAUUUCGAGAAAACCAAUUCUCUGUCUAGCGAUGAAGGUGCAGGCGUGGUCAAUGCGGUGACAGGAAGUGGACUGGUGAUGAUGCAUUCAAAAUACGGAGCUGUCAGCAGCCGCAAACCGAAGAAUACCGUUUGCACUAUGCAAACAAAAUCAUCCAACUCAUUGACCGUUCAACCGUAUAGUGGACUGGGACAGAGCAUGCCAAACUUAAAUCUGAAUUCAAUCCAAAAUAGCAAUACUCUCUCGGUGCCUGGGACAUCCAAUAGUCAAUCUCAUUCUGGAAUGGUACUGCUUUCUCCCAGCCAACGGGGUAUUUCAUAUCCUCCUCCAUCUCCUACUAGGGCAACGCUGCGUCGCGGGUUCGCAUUCUCUACGUCAAUCAAAAACCCACCGUUAAUCAAAACACGCAACGUGUCCUCGCAGCAAAGUUUCGCGCUGUCACAACAACAAAGCUUCAACUCGGCUUCACUCGCGCAACACCAGCAGUGUCUGCCAUCGCCAUCUAACACCUCGCACGGCGCUCCUAACAAUUCCGGAACAAAUUCUGCUAUCGAAGGAUGUGCCGUUGCAAGCGGGCUCACGUUGUCUUCGGCGAAUGUAUCGUUUUUCAAACGUAAAAAUAGCUUCCAAAGUGUACCGAACAACAGCGCCACGAGCAGUGUGGACCAAAGUUUGCCUAACGAAACCUAAGCAAUCCGUGCCGCUUAUUUUAAACAAACCCAGGCAUACUGAAAGGCGAAUUGAUAAGUGCAUCCGUGAAACGCCAUUAUCAACUGGUUCAUUUCUCCCUACCUUAUCUUUGUUGGCUGCUGCAUCGCCAAGUGCAAACGUGCAUCGUCAAGUAGACACUUGUAAGGAAGUUAGUAAAUGAUAACAUUGGUUAGCUACAACAACCUAAAGACGUAUUGAUACCAUUGAACUCAUCCUGUAUAUACACUAGUACCAUUUACAUAGGUAAUUUAUUUGCCCUAUUUGGAUGCGCUCGAUAAAUGCAAUUAAGAAGUGCAUAAAGGAAAUCUAACUAUAAUGCAUUUUACGCCAAUUGUACUUACCUACAAAGGCUGAAAAUUUGUAUAAUUUUUGUUGUGAAAAGCAGUGGCACACAUCAACAAAAAAAGGAAGAACAAAACAAAGCUGUGAAUUUUAAGGUGAAAUUACAACAGCCACUACCGCGCUUGGCAACGUGCAUGAUAGUGGUGACAGUCGUAAUGAAUCCUUUAAAUCGGCCUUUUUUGGCGGAUUUUUUCUCCGUUCCCUUUCGAUAUCCUUGGUGCUAACUUUAUGCUUGUUUUUUAAUUGUGCAAAAUAAUGAGUAAUGGAAGAAUAUAAAAAAUAUUUAUUAAUUUAUGUCAUUCAAUUAUGAGCUUUUUAUUAGUUGAAGCUGCCUGAAUGAUUAACAAGAUGAUAUUUUUAAUUGAAUCCUUCUAGUCAGCAUGACCUUCGGCAGAGUACAAAACGUACCGAUUCAUUUAAGUGCGACACACGUAUGGUGUAUAUGGUUUUGUGCUAAAAAAAGUCAAAUUUAUGAAGUUUUGAAGAUUUUUUAAUUUCAUUUCUUCAUAUUUGCUUAACAUUAUCUAUACUUAACAACUUUAUGAAUUAUUGUUAGUUUAGAAAAUCUAUUGUGUACAUAUUACGAUUCAACGUAUUUUAUUGUGAACGAGAGGAAUGUAUUUUGAGGUAAUAACGAAUAAAAAAACUUAGUCCUGUUUGUAGCUUAAGUGACAUCACAGAUUGUCUUAAUAAUUUGACUAGUUUAGCUCAAACUUGCAAUUAAAGAGGUUUAAAUGCAAUAGUUCAGUAUACAAAAGAACCAUUAAAAUCUUAAUCACUCUGCGUAAUCAUAAACUAGAAAGCAAUACCAGUUUGCAUGUCUAGAUAACCGAGUGGUAGGUUUUAUAUUUGUUUGAUGGGUAACUGCAAUUUAUCAGAGAGGACGGGCGGCAUAGGGAGCAGGAUAACUAUGCUCCCUUUCAAAUUGGCUCUACAACUGUUUUUUUAGUAUGUCUUGGGACUGUGACUUAUAGUGUGACUUAUUACGAGUGAUACAGUCUGGUCAAUGUGGUUCGAUCUAUUCGAGAUUUGAGCUUAGCUUAGAUUUGAGCUGGCACGUUUGCUAAAUGGUUUAUAGACGACCGAAUAGAGGAACAGGCCCAGAAAGAACAUUAUUAGUAUGAAAAUUGGUACACAAAACUAUAAAUAACUAAUACAAAUUAUAAUAAGUCAAGAAUGUAUCUGAAACACUUUUUUUAAGAUAAUCAUAACUCACAGUAGUGGAACGAAAGACAAUGGCAAUGAAUUUUAAAUCUAGUUCAACUUUACCAGCAAUGCGUUCUUUAGUAUUUUCCCCAGUAUAACAGGGUUAACCUAUGUUUUCCGUGCGCAGGUCGCAUUGGUACAAAAUAGGAAUAGUUGAAGACCACUUUUAUCUUAUCUUAGUUAUUAGAUGGUCGUUAAUACCAUAUCGCAAAUUUAUUUCCAGCUUGCUUGAUUUUUCUAAUAUUGAAAUCAUCUAACAAUACAAAAAAAUCCUCUAGUUUUUUUUUCCAAAAAGAAACUUAAUAUUUUAAAUUUUGAAAUAUUAAAAGGCUCUCGUGAGUAUCGUUCAGCACGCGCGUAUUUGUAUGGGUAACACUUAUAGUAUGAAGGCGGCAUAGGCCAGAAGACCGAAAUAAUAAUACUAACAUUCCAUUUCACCUGUGUAGUCUGGCUUUUGUGUGAAAAAAAUAAAACGGCUCUAAUUAGAAAGUAUCAUGCUGUACAUUUUAUAGAAGGAUAAGGUUUUAUGCAAUGCUCGAAGAAAUAGGUAGAAAAUGAAAAGUUUUAUUUUAAUUUGUAUGUUGAGAAAAAACUAGUUUGACAGUUAUUUCAACAAAACACUUAAUAGUAUUCUAAAAUUUUAAGAAACACAAGUUAUUAACAUUAAAAAAACCAGAAUCUUCUUUUUCUUAUUCUAUUUGGCGUAACGUCCUACGCCGAUAUGUCGGCUCAUAUAUAUAGGCUUUCGAGACUUAUUCAGUACCACGCAACCGGAAAGUCAGUCCUUGUUACGGAGGGUGGGUCCGUAUGUGGUUAGAACCCAUGAUAGGCAUGUUGAUAAGUCAUGCGAGUUGACGACUGUACUACGGGACUGCCACGUAGAAAAUAUAUUAGAAUGCAUCAGUUAAACUGUGACUAAUGGCAGUAUCACAUGUAUGCUGAA